GAUGAUUUUAUUCAGCCAAGUGGGUUACUUUGUUUCCUUGUUCGCAACAGUUUCCUGUGGGUGUCUGAGUCAAUUGUAUAAAAAUACCUUCUUCAGAGGUGGGGAUCUAGCUGCCAUUUACACCCCAGAUGCCCAGUACUGUCAGAAGAUGUGCACAUUUCACCCCAGGUGUCUCCUGUUCAGCUUCCUUGCUGUGACUCCACCCAAAGAGACAGAUAAGAGGUUUGGUUGCUUCAUGAAAGAGAGCAUUACAGGGACUUUGCCAAGAAUACACAGGACAGGGGCCAUCUCUGGUCAUUCUUUAAAGCAGUGUGGUCCUCAAAUAAGUGCUUGCCACCGAGACAUAUACGAAGGACUUGAUAUGAGAGGGUCCAACUUUAACAUAUCUAAGACCGACAGUAUUGAAGAAUGCCAGAAACUGUGCACAGAUAAUAUUCACUGCCAGUUUUUCACAUAUGCUAGAAAUGCAUUUCACAGACCAGAGUACCGGAAGAACUGCCUGCUGAAGCAUGGUUCAAGCGGAACACCCACCAGCAUAAAGUCAGUGGACAACCUGGUGUCUGGAUUCUCACUGAAGUCCUGUGCACUUUCAGAGAUCGGUUGCCCCAUGGAUAUUUUCCAGCACUUUGCCUUUGCAGACCUGAAUGUAAGCCAGGUUGUCACCCCCGAUGCCUUUGUGUGUCGCACCAUCUGCACCUUCCAUCCCAACUGCCUUUUCUUCACAUUCUACACGAAUGAAUGGAAGACAGAAUCAGAGAGAAAUGUUUGUUUUCUUAAGACAUCUGAGAGUGGAAGACCAAGUCCAUCUAUUCCUCAAGAAAAUGCUGUAUCUGGAUACAGUCUCUUCACCUGCAGAAAAGCUCGCCCUGAACCCUGCCAUUCCAAAAUUUACUCCGGAGUUGACUUUGAAGGGGAAGAACUGAACGUGGCCUUCGUGCAAGGAGCAGAUGCAUGCCAAGAGACUUGUACACAGACAAUCCGAUGUCAGUUUUUCACUUACUCGUUACUUCCCCAAGACUGCAGGGACGAGGGGUGUAAAUGUUCCUUAAGGUUAUCCACGGAUGGCUCUCCAACUAGGAUCACCUACAGGGAACAGAGGAGCUCUGGUUAUUCUCAGAGAUUGUGUAGAGUCGUGGACAACUCUGACUGUACAGCAAAAAUAAAUGCACGCAUUGUGGGAGGAUCGAACUCUUCUUUAGGGGAGUGGCCAUGGCAGGUCAGCCUGCAAGUGAAGCUGGUAUCUCUUAAUCAUUUGUGUGGAGGGUCCAUCAUUGGACACCAAUGGAUACUGACGGCUGCCCAUUGCUUUGAUGGGAUUCCCCAUACAGAUGUGUGGCGUAUAUAUGGCGGGAUUCUGAAUCUGUCAGAGAUUACGGAAGAAACGCCUUUCUCAAGAAUAGAGGAGCUUAUUAUUCAUCAGGAAUACAAAAUCUCAGAAGGCAAUUACGAUAUUGCCUUAAUAAAGCUUCAGACACCCCUGAAUUAUACUGAAUUCCAAAAACCAAUAUGCCUGCCUUCCAAAGCUGACACAAAUACAAUUUAUACCAGUUGUUGGGUGACUGGAUGGGGCUACACGAAGGAACAAGGUGAAACCUCAAAUAUUCUACAAAAGGCAACUAUUCCUUUGGUACCAAAUGAAGAAUGUCAGAAAAAAUACAGAGAUUAUGUCAUAACCAAGCAGAUGAUCUGUGCUGGCUACAAAGAAGGUGGAACAGAUGCUUGUAAGGGAGAUUCCGGUGGCCCCUUAGUCUGUAAACACAGUGGAAGGUGGCAGUUGGUGGGUAUCACCAGCUGGGGCGAAGGCUGUGCCCGCAAGGAGCAACCAGGAGUCUACACCAAAGUUGCUGAGUACAUAGACUGGAUAUUGGAGAAGACACAGAGCAGCGAUGAAAGAGCUCUGGCAACAUCCCCAGCAUGAGGAGGCUGGGUACCGAGGAGGAAAAGCCCAGCUGGCACCCGCUUUACCACCUGCCCUCAAGGCAAACUAGAGCUCCAGAAUUCUCUUCUGCAAAAAUGUUGAUAAUGGUGUCUACCUCACAUCCUUAUCGUAGGAUUAAAAAUCUAAAUGUAGAUACAGUUGCUGAAGACAGCGCCUUGCUCGAGUGUGCUUCCUGUCCUGAGUAGCAGGGGUGCCAAUGAGAAUUAUCCGAUGAUCACCAAGCUUGUCUGGAAGUAAAAUGUUUGAAGGGUUUUAUUAGGUAGUAAAAUGUCUAGAUGUGAAGCAGUUGAAAACAAGACCCCAGAUUUUAGUACAGUCCUUGGGACCAUUCUCAUGAAACCGUUGACUCUGGACCUCAACAUAUCUCAGAGUUACCGUCUGUCCAUUUCCAACAUUUGUGUAUUAGAACCUGGUUCUAUUCUUUCAUGCGGA